GUGAGUAGGGUAAAGGCGGAGAAGGCUCCGACGACGUCAAUGCCCAUUACUUUGGAGACUCUCUCUAACGCGGCUUGACUGCAGCGAAGAGAGCCGCCUUCGUCAUCCUUCUCCUUCCUCCUCUUUCUCUCUCAAGAACUUUCCGUCUCUCUCUAUAGCUCCGCCCCUCGGUGGCCUCCCAAGAGGCUUCAAACCAUUUCAGGUACUCGCUCUCUCAAUUUCUCUCCUUUCUGCCGUGAAUUGGUUGCCCUGUCUGUGGGUUUCAGCUCUUCCGCUUUGUUUCAGCCGUUGGCCGUCGAAUGAUUAUGUUACGAACUAAGCAACUCGGUACCCUUUCCCAGUCUGCUAGGUCAUUUUUCUUUAGUGGGUCACGAAGUAGUGCUUCAGAUGGAAGUUCAUGCACUUGUACUGAUGAUGAAACUUGUGUAUCAAGAAAGCAGCAUACUGGGGAAGAUGUGUGCAAUGCACAAACACCACCCACCUUAGCAUCCACAACUAAAGCAAGGCCAGGCUCUAUGAUAUCUGCAGAUGCGGGCAAAAUGAUAAGUUGUCACAAAGUCGAGAAUGUCCAACGCCCAGCUUCUCUACCCCAAGUUAUAUCAACUGCCAGUUCUUUGGGAAGGACAGAUCAUGCAGUAUGUAGCAUAAAAGGUGUUCAAAAAGACAUGGUGCACUCAUCACCUCCCAUUGCUGACCAGUUUGUUAAGGUUGGCAUUGCAGCCGUAGGUUUUCUGUCUGAUUUAGUUAAUUAUAAGAUUCCUAUGUCAGAUGGGUUUGGAGUUCUUAGCUCACCUCAGAGUUGUAUGGUUGAUCAAAUGAGGCCUAUGUCCAACACCAAAUCUGCAAAUGUGAAAACAUAUAGAAAGGAUAAAGUCCAUGGAAAAACAUCUGCUGGGGCAGCCUCUGCAUCAAACCCAAAAGGUAACUAUCAUGGUGGGAAAGGUAAAAGUGAAAAGUCCAGUUCUGUUAAAGGUUUCAACAAUAUCCCUAGCAAUGGAACAGGGAAUUCUGCUAGCAAUUGUGGUGUAUCCUCAGAUUUUCAAGAUAGAAAAAGGUUUUUGCCCAAUAGAUCAAGAGGCAAUACAAAUAGGUCUGCCGUACAGACUUCUGAAGGAAGGUUCAGAAGGGACAUUGCAGAAGGUUUAAACAUACUCCCAAGGGAGGCAAAAGUACCCAUGAGAAUUUCUCCAGUGGGUAGGCAGUUCACAACCAAUGGCCAUGUGGUGGAAACAGUUUCUGAAAUGUUGCAACAAUUGAAAUGGGGCCCUGCUACAGAAGAGGCUUUGCGAAGGCUUAACUGUUCGAUGAAUGUAUAUCAGGCAAACCAAAUCCUUAAGCACCUUCAAGACCAUUCAGUUGCUCUUAACUUCUUCUAUUGGUUGAAGCAACAAGUUGGAUUCAAGCAUGAUGGGCAUACUUACACCACCAUGAUUGGCAUCCUUGGCCGUGUCAGGCAAUUUGGUGCAAUAAACAAGUUACUCGGUGAGAUGAUUGAGGAUGGAUGUCAGCCCAAUGUUGUGACAUAUAACCGUCUCAUUCACAGUUAUGGUCGUGCAAACUAUUUGAAUGAGGCAGUCAAUGUUUUCAAGCAAAUGCAGGAAUCAGGGUGUGAACCUGAUCGUGUCACGUACUGUACGUUAAUUGACAUCCAUGCUAAAGCCGGCUAUCUUGAUUUUGCAAUGUACAUGUAUUGGAGAAUGCAAGAGGCUGGCCUCUCUCCAGACACUUUCACUUACAGUGUCAUCAUCAAUUGCCUUGGUAAAGCCGGCAACUUGAAUGCUGCCCAUAAGCUAUUCACUGAAAUGGUUAGUCAGGGCUGCCAACCCAACUUGGUAACAUAUAAUAUCAUGAUUGCUUUGCAUGCCAAAGCAAGGAACUAUCCAAGUGCAUUAGGGCUUUAUUAUCAGAUGCAAGAUGCAGGAUUUGAGCCAGACAAUGUGACCUACAACAUCGUAAUGGAAGCUCUUGGCCAUUCUGGAUAUCUUGAAGAAGCUGAAGCAGUUUUUGCAGAAAUGAAACAGAAGAACUGGGUACCUGAUGAGCCUGUUUAUGGUCUCCUCGUGGACCUGUGGGGAAAGGCUGGGAAUUCAGAAAAGGCUUUGGGUUGGUAUCAAGCUAUGCUCAAUGCGGGUUUGCGCCCCAACGUUCCUAUAUGCAAUUCCCUUCUCAGUGCUUUUCUUCGGGUACAUCAGCUGUCCGAUGCAUACAAUUUGCUCCAGGACAUGCUUAGUUUGGGGCUAAGCCCUUCGCUUCAGACUUACACUUUACUCCUCAGUUGUUGCACUGAGGCCCAAACACCUUUUGACAUGGGUUUUUGCUGUGAGCUCAUGGCUACCACGGGCCACCCAGCACAUGCAUUUCUACUGUCAAUGCCAGGCGCUGGACCUGAUGGCCAGAACGUGCGUGAUCAUAUGAGAAGCUUCCUGGACCUGCUGCACAGCGAAGACAGAGAGAGCAAGAGGGGACUUGUUGAUGCAGUGGUAGACUUUCUGCACAAGUCAGGACUCAAGGAGGAGGCUGGAUCUGUUUGGGAGGUGGCUGCAGAGAAGAAUGUGUACCCAGAUGCACUUAAGCAGAAAAGUUCAUGUUAUUGGCUCAUCAACCUGCAUGUUAUGUCAGACGGAACUGCAGUGAUAGCACUUUCCCGGACACUUGCCUGGUUUCGUAAACAAAUGCUUGCGUCGGGUUCUUGUCCCAGCCGCAUUGACAUUGUGACGGGGUGGGGCCGGCGCAGCAGGGUCACAGGAGCUUCCUUGGUCAGGGAUGCAGUGCGGAAUCUGCUAGGUAUGUUCAGCUUUCCUUUCUUCACUGAGAACAACAAUACUGGGUGUUUUGUGGGUUAUGGGGAGCCUCUUAGCAGAUGGCUACUCCAAUCUUACGUGGAACGGAUGCACCUAUUGUAGUUGAUGAUGGGUGUUUUGGGUCCGUGAUUGUAGCUAAUCAGUUUUGUUGUGGGAAGUGGACUCCUAGUAGUAUGUACCUCGUUUCGGCUGGCUGUGGUGUGAAAUUAAGAGCAACCUAUUUAAAUGCCCACUUAAAACUGUUCAAUCCUAAUGGGCCUGGUUGAAUCUCUGAUGCUUUUAGUGGGCUGGCCCCGGUACAACUAAUAGUUCGAGGAACAAAACUGGGUCAAGCCCUGGCUUGUGUAUAAUGAAUAAAAAUUAAAAUUCAUGUAACUGACUUAUAUAAUAGAUAAAAUUUUGAUAUUGCUACUGUUA